AUGGCCAAAUCAGUUAUCGGACGAAUCGAGGUAUAUGAUAGCCAUGUGGAAACGUGGGAUUCAUAUAGUGAAAGACUGGAACAGUAUUUUCUGUGCAACGAGGUGAAAGUCGAGAAGAAAGUUCCCGCGCUAUUGAGUUUGGUGGGAGGCCCAACCUAUCAGCUCUUGAGAGGCUUGACUGCGCCUAAAAAGCCAAGUGAAUGUGAGUAUGCUGAACUCAUUAAAACACUCAGUGACCACUUGAACCCUAAACCCGUAGUUAUAUCUGAGAGAUUCAGAUUUUACAAGAGGGAUCAACGUGAGGGAGAGAGUAUCCGUGAUUACCUCGCACAAUUGCGCAAAUUAUCAGAACAUUGUGACUUUAAACAAAACUUGAGUGAGUCGAUUCGUGAUCGCCUAGUCUGUGGACUUCGCAGUGAGGCCAUACAAAACAAAUUAUUAGCGGAGAAAAAUCUCACGUUGGAAAUAGCGGUACAGAUAUCACAAGCUAUGGAGACAGCGUCACGUGAUGCCACCGAAUUGCAAGCUAAGCAUGUAGGCCUAGGCGAGAAUAGUGAUUACAGAGAUGGCUUUAACGAGAGUCUCGUAGCCACUUUGCAUGUGAAUUCCUUGGACAAUACACACCUGAAUGCCAUUAUUUUGGAGCCUAUCAUUCAUAACAGGAAAAUCCGGAUGGAGUUGGACACUGGAGCUGCAGUAUCCGUUAUGUCAGAAAGGAAAUUUCGUGAACAUUUUCCUGACAAAGUUGACAGUCUAAAAAAAACACAUUUGCGUUUACGUACAUACACAGAGGAGGUGUUAAAACCCAAAGGUGUAGCACGUGUACCAGUUACAUAUGGAAAUCAAAGGAAGGAACUUAACCUAUAUGUUGUUCAAAAAGAUGGGCCAUCGCUAUUUGGCCGAGAAUGGUUAGCUCACAUUACCUUGGAUUGGCCUUCUAUCAAAUCUUUGUCAGUUGCAACAAGUAAAGUUUCAGGCACAUGUUCCAAAGGGACAAAACAUAAGUUAUCUGAGAUCUUGGGAAAACAUGGACAGAUUUUCAAGGAUGACAUGGGAACCGUUAAAGGAAUCAAAGCGUCAUUGAAACUGAAGGAAAGUGCACAACCCAAGUUUUGCAAAGCACGUCCCGUGGCGUAUUCGUUGAAACAAAAAGUUGAAAAGGAACUGAACAAGUUAGUCGACAGUGGUGUCAUUACAAAGAUAGAUUACAGUGAAUGGGCUACACCUAUCGUACCAGUCAUAAAAUCGGACGGUAGUGUUCGGAUUUGUGGUGACUUCAAAGUGACUGUGAACCCUGUCCUUGAAAUUGACCAAUAUCCGCUCCCAAGGAUUGAGGACAUUUUUGCGGCAUUGUCCAGAGGUCAACGAUUUACCAAGUUAGAUUUACGCCAUGCGUACUUACAAAUGACUGUAGAUGACGAAUCCAGAAAAUUAUUGACUAUCAAUACUGAAAAGGGAUUGUACAGAUACAACAGAUUAGUAUUUGGUGUGGCCUCAGCGCCAGCCAUUUGGCAACGCACAAUCGAUACUGUGUUACAAGGGCUGGCCGGGGUAAAAUGUAUAAUGGAUGACAUGAUCAUCACAGGAACGAGUGAAGAAGAACACUUACAAAAUUUGGAAGCAGUACUGCAGAGACUGGAUGACUACAAUUUGCGAGUAAACUUAGAUAAGUGUGGGUUUUUCAGAGAGCGCGUUUCAUAUUGUGGACAUGAAAUCGACAGUGAAGGAUUACACAAAACACAGGCAAAAAUCGAUGCAGUUAUCAAUGCUCCAAAGCCGACAAAUGUAUCGGAGUUGCGUUCAUUCCUAGGAAUUGUGAACUAUUAUGCCAGAUUUCUGCCAAAUCUGUCUAGCACAUUAUAUAAGUUACAUCAGCUGUUGUCAAAGGAGAAGAAAUGGGAGUGGACCCCUAAAUGUGAUAGAGCCUUCUUGGAUAUUAAACGAAUGAUAACAUCCGAAGAAGUUCUGACACACUACAAUCCCGAUCAGCCAGUACGAUUAGCUUGUGAUGCUUCGCCAUACGGCAUAGGAUGCGUCUUAUCACAUGUGAUGGAUGAUGGGUCAGAAAGGCCUAUUGCGUAUGCCUCACGAUCACUAUCGGCUGCAGAGAAAAACUAUUCACAGAUUGACCGCAAAGCCUUGGGUAUAGUGUGGGGUGUAAAGCGUUUCAAUACCUAUUUAUAUGGGAGACAUUUUACGUUACUCACCGAUCACAAGCCGUUAGUGUCUAUUUUUCAUCCAGAAAAGGGAAUUUCAACAACUUCAGCUGCACGCAUGCAAAGAUAUGCUUUAUUUCUAUCAGGAUAUGAUUAUGAAAUCAUGUACAAAAAUACUAAAACGCAUGGAAAUGCAGACAGUUUAUCGCGACUGCCAUUAUCCGAAUGUGAAACUUCCGAAGACACUAGUGUUGACAUAAUGUACAUGUCGCAAAUUGAACAGUUACCAAUUACGAGCGCCAAAAUAAAACAGGAAACUGGACGCGACACAGUUUUAUCGCAUGUAUACGAGUCUGUCAUGAAUGGGUGGAUCACAUACAUUAAAUCAGAGGACAAGGACCUGUAUCCGUACUUCAGCCGCAGAGAUGAAUUAACUGUGCACAACGGAUGUCUUCUAUGGGGUAUGCGUGUGAUAAUUCCACUGAAAUUGAGAAGCCAUGUUCUGAACGAUCUGCAUGUAGGGCAUAUUGGGAUAGCAAAAAUGAAGGCCUUGGCCAGGAGUUUGGUGUGGUGGCCAGGCAUCGACCAAGACAUUGAAAAUAUUUCAAAAUCAUGUGCAGGAUGUAGCGAAUUUAAACGUUCACCACCAUCCGCCCCAGUUCACCCAUGGGAGUGGCCCACUAGCCCAUGGGAGCGUGUUCAUAUUGACUUUGCCGGGCCAUUUUUGAACUCAAUGUUUUUUAUAGCAGUUGACGCCCAUUCAAAGUGGCCGGAAGUGAUCCAAAUGCGCGAAACGACAUCAGAUCUUACUAUUGAUGUGUUGCGAUGCAUAUUUUCUAGAAAUGGAGUGCCGAAAGUCUUAGUGAGUGACAAUGGGCCCCAAUUUACAUCUGCUGACUUUCAGAAAUUUACCAAAGCCAAUGGCAUAAAACAUGUGACCUCCGCUCCUUACCACCCAAGUUCCAAUGGACUAGCUGAGCGGUUUGUCCAAUCUUUUAAGUCAGCCAUGAAAGCAAGUAAAAAAGACAGCGGAUCUUUACAAACCAAAUUGGCAAAUUUUCUUUUAGCAUACAGAAAUGCUUCACAUGCAACCACGGGAGAGUCUCCUGCAAAACUAUUUCUUGGACGUACUUUAUCAUCUAGACUGGAUUUGGUGAAACCGAACACUGAGCGGGAUGUCAAGAGUAAGCAAUUUGACAUGGCUAACAAAAGAGGAAGUCCACUACGUGCGUUCGAACCAGGAAGGGAGGUGAUUGUAAGAGACUACCGUAAAAACGCAAUAUCAAACUGGGUAUUCGGAACUAUCAGUGAACAAACAGGCCCAGUCUCAUAUCGUGUAGAAGUGGCACCAGGUCAAACGUGGAGACGACACAUUGAUCAGAUUCAGGAGUUCGCGACCAACGUCAGUGCAUCAGAUACACCUAUUACAAAUGAUAUCUCUGUAAAUCAGCAAUCCGGUGCUGUUCCCAGGCAGGACUCACAGCUUGAUUCGCGAAGUCAAGAUAUCCGUAUGUCUAGUCAGGAUAGUCAACCACCUAGUCAAGAGGUCAGUACUCCACCUCAGAUUCAGCAAACUGAUCAGCGUUCGGAACCGAGAAGAAAUCCAAGGCGCACAGCUGGUCCGCCAAGUCGUUACAAAGACUUUGUAUCGUGCAAGUGA